AUGUUGUGUGUGCUUCUCUGUUUCGCGUUGUGCUUAUACGAAUGUCGCGGCGCGCCAAACGUCGUUCUUAUCAUCGCUGACGAUUUGGGCUGGAACGAUGUAGGCUUCCACGGAUCUAACCAGAUACCGACACCUAACAUUGACGCACUCUUCAGUUCUGGUCUCUCGCUCCAGAACCACUACGUCGCUCCGAUAUGCACUCCAUCACGAGCAGCCCUGAUGACUGGGAAAUAUCCUAUACAUACAGGAAUGCAACAUGGCGUCCUUUAUGGCAUAGAACCUCGUGGUCUGCCACUCUCUGAAAAAAUACUACCACAGUACCUAAAGGAGUUAGGCUAUAAAACCCAUCUGGUUGGAAAAUGGCAUCUCGGCAGCUAUAAAAGAGAAUAUUUACCACUAAAUCGAGGGUUUGACAGCCAUAUCGGUUUUUGGACGGGCAAGAUAGAUAUGUACGAUCAUACAACACAGGAGAACGGAUUGUGGGGAUUCGAUUUUCGGCGAGGUUUCUCAGUGGCCCACGAUUUGUUUGGCAAGUACGUCACUGAUGUGUACACGGACGAAGCUCUCAAGAUAAUAUCAGAGCACGAUAAAAGUGAGCCAUUGUUUCUCAUGGUGGGCCAUUCAGCUGUACACACAGGGAACCCUUACGAACCCAUUCGCGCCCCAGAAGACCUCGUUGCGAACUUUAGCCAAAUAGAAGAUCCACAGAGAAGGAAGUUUGCCGCGAUGCUGACAAAAUUAGACGAGUCUGUGGGCAAAGUGGUUGAAUCCUUACAGCGUCAUAGUUUACUGAAAAACAGUAUAAUUCUAUUCAGCACUGAUAACGGAGGCGCAGCUGGCGGAUUUAACUUGAAUGCUGCUUCCAACUAUCCUCUGAAAGGAGUGAAAAACACGCUGUGGGAAGGUGGAGUGCGUGGUGCUGCAGCUCUUUGGAGUCCACUUCUGAGUAAGGUGCCUCGUGUAGCGUCACAACGGUUACACAUCGCGGAUUGGCUGCCAACCUUUCUAAGCGCAGCUGAGGCCAAUAUAAGUAUAAGCAACCUUGACGGCAUAGACCAAUGGGGAGCCUUAUCCCAAGAUCUGAAAUCUCAACGGACAUCAGUGGUACACAACAUAGACAAUAUAUUUGGGAGUGCUUCCAUCACCGUGGACCAGUGGAAGUUACACAACGGAACAAACUACCAUGGAGCCUGGGACUUCUGGUACGGACCCAGUGGUCGUGAAGGGAGCUACGAUGUUAACGCAGUACUGUCCAGUGCCGCUGGCAGAGCUAUCGCCGAGCUAGGCAUGAUGCCCACUGAGGAGGAAAUUUUGAAACUAAGGGAAGCGUCAAUCAUAAACUGUCAGGAAGUAGAACCAAUAUCUUGCAGACCGCUGGAAGCGCCAUGCCUCUUCAACAUUGAAGAAGAUGCCUGCGAGAGGAGAAAUCUCGCUGGCUUAGAACCGGAAGUUCUGCAGAGGCUUCUGCAAGAACUGGACAAAAUAAACCGGACAUCAGUGCCACCGAAUAACCAGCCGCUAGACCCUCGUGGUGACCCUAAAUUUUGGGGUCGGACCUAUACCAAUUUUGGAGAUUACCAACGGCCGGAAUUCGUUUGUUAA